CGCGCUCGCGCCGCGUGCCGAAUCCCUGCUCCAUCCCUGCUCCAGGGCAAAAAAGCAGCAGCCCCGAAACGCCGCCGCCGCGAGCCAGCGACCAUGGCCGACUUCGUGAGCGAGCCGCGCGCCGCGAUCCAGGCCAGCCUCGAAGCUUUCAACAGCGAAGAGCAGCGGCGCAUCCCCUGCGGCCCCGAUUCCGGAGACCACUGGGACCAAGUAAAGUGGCCGAAGGAACCGCAGGCCGUGGACGAGGACGCCUGCGAGCCCGACUUACUGCCCCUCGAUCUGAAAGCGGAGCACUCUACCACAUUCGUCGCUGUCGAGAUCGACGGCGCGUGGCGGACUAUCAUAAAAAAAGCAAUUUGCAAGACGGAGAAGAAAUUGUACGUGGCCCUCAAAGGCGUCAAGCGAGGCAAACGCGCGUUGGAGAUCUUCCGGAGGGUCUUCGAGGACGUUGUUAUCGAGGAGAAGCCUCAACUGGAUGUGAUACCGCUCACGGAAGAUCAAUAUGAGUGGAACGCGUGGCCGUUGCAGGUCGACUGUGUUCGUGGGUUUAAGACAAAACCUGAAUGCUUCGGCGACGCGGCCUUGGAAGUAGGCGCGCCCUACGUCGAUUGUGCGCCGUUUGUGCCCGAGCCUCGGGAAAAAAGUUACACGCUGCACCCCUGCGAGGGCGUGGGCAAACCUAUUCCGGAUGGAGUCAUUGCGGCGCACAAGUGCGUCGCUGUCGGUGGGACGUUUGACCGGCUGCACGCCGGGCACCGGUUGUUGCUCUCAGCCGCGGCGCUCGUUGCCGAGGAGUGCGUGUACGUCGGUGUAUCAGGAGACGACUUGUUGACGGAGAAGAAGCACGCUGAAUUAUUAGAACCACUGGUAACGCGCUCGAAGAACGCGCGGGCAUACCUCGAGAGCUGCCGGCCCGGGUUAGUUGUGCACGUCUCGACGCUGUCAAAGAAGCCGCCUCUGGCCGUGACGGACGCGAACAUUACUUGUUUAGUCGUGAGUCGCGAAACACUAAAAGGUGCGGAGGCCCUGCAGAAGAUGCGGCGGGACGCGCUGCCGGACGCGCCGCCUCUGGAAAUAGUGGCGGUCGACGUCGUGGCGGUCGAGGGCCGGCCGAAGGUGUCAUCGUCGGACCUCCGAGCCAAGGCCGCGGGUUUUGUACCGGAGCGGCCCCGCGACCCGCGGCGGCCCGGCGGCGACCCGAAUAUCUAUAAUGUCGACCGGCGGCCGACGUUCGCGCCACACAAGGGCAUGUCCUUCGAGGAGUACAAGGCGAACCAAAAGAAGUUCGCGACUCCUAUUCCGGCGGGCUGGAAGUGGGGGAACGAGGGGAAGGAGAAAGCCUAGGUUUUUGUCUUUUU